AAAAAAAAAAAGAAAAAAAAAAGAGUUCCAUAACCGUUUUAGUCAUAGUAAUAUAAGUGGGCUACUCAUCAUUUUAUUCGAGCUCUCCCGCCACACACAGUCACAGAACCACUAACGAGAGAAGAUGCAUAAAUGGAGCAUCGUCUCCACCCUCUUCUCCAAUCCCCUCUACGACCCAACCAUCUCAAACAAAUCCAUGCCCUUGUCCUCAAAUCAUACCUCGACCCUACCCCUCUCUUCACCACGCUUCUCUCAAACCCCUCCUCUGCACACUACACCCGUCAACUGUUCGACGCAAUUCCCCAACCAGAUCCCACUCUUUGUGGCUCCAUCAUAUUAGCCUAUUCAAAGCUCUCCUUGCACAAAGAAGUGCUCGGAACCUUCUUUUCGGCACGUAAUAAGAAUACCCACAUCCCGUUUGUUUCUAUUCCGCCCGUUCUUAAGUCGUGCGCGGUGUUAGCCGCGACUUAUGAAGGGAGACAAGUGCAUUCUCAAGUUCUGGUCCGUGGGUUUUGCUCAAAUGUGUUCGUUCAAACUGCUUUAAUCGAUUUCUACGCGAAGAACGGUGAUAUGGACUCGGCAAGAAGGGUAUUCGAUGAAUUACCGAUCAAGGAUCCUGUUCCUAUCAACUGUUUGAUCACCGGAUACUCGAAAUCCGGCGAUUUUUUAGCGGCACGCAAGUUGUUCGAUGAAAUGCCGAGGAGGACAUCCUCGUCGUGGAAUUCAAUAAUCGCUUGCUAUGCCCACAGAUGUGAUUUUCAUGAGGCUUUGAGAUUGUUUGAGCGAAUGCAAACUGAAAACGCAAAGCCAAAUGUGAUCACUGUAGUGACGGUUUUAUCCAUAUGUGCCAAAAUGGGUGAUUUAGAAACUGGACUCAGGAUAAAGAAACUAAUCGGCGACAAUGAUUUCCGGAUGGAUAUGAUUGUACGCACCGCAGUGUUGGAAAUGUACGUGAAGUGUGGAGCUGUUGAUGAGGCACGCAGUGAAUUUGAUCAAAUGGAGUAUAGAGACGUUGUGGCGUGGAGUGCCAUGAUUGCAGGUUAUGCGCAAAAUGGGAGAUCGAAGGAGGCUUUGGAGCUUUUCGACAGAAUGCAGGCGGAAAAUUGUAAGCCGAAUGAAGUUACCCUCGUCAGUGUUUUAUCUGCCUGCGCCCAAUUGGGAUCUGUGGAAGUCGGAGAGAGUAUCGGAAGCUACAUUGAGAACCAUGGAUUGGCAUUUGGUGUUUAUGUCGGUUCGGCGUUGGUCGAUAUGUACGCCAAGUGUGGGAACAUUGGACGAGCGCGCAAAGUGUUCGAUGAAAUGCAUCAGAGGGAUGUUGUCACCUGGAAUUCAAUGAUCGGAGGGCUCGCAUUCAGUGGCUUCGCAAAGGAUGCAUUUGAUCUUUACAAACAGAUGGAGCGAGAAAGUUUCAAACCAAAUGAUAUAACUUUUGUCGGGUUAUUAACUGCUUGCACGCACGCUGGUUUAGUCGAACAAGGGAUUAGCCUCUUUAAAUGUAUGAAGAAGGAGCAUCACAUCGACCCAAAAGUCGAACACUGUGCCUGUAUGGUCGAUCUUCUUUGCCGAGCCGGACGAUUGAAAGACGCUUACGAGUUUAUACGUGAGAUGGAAAUUGAACCUAACAUAGUAAUUUGGGGUACUCUAUUGGGUGCUUCUAGGGUGCACUCGAAUGUGGAGCUUGCCGAGCUUGCACUAAAGAAGCUUCUAGUGCUCGAGCCGGAGAACUCUUCGAACUAUGUACUUCUCGCCAACAUCUACGCAAAUAACGGUAGAUGGAACGAGGCGAGAGAAGCUAGGGAUUUGAUGAAGAGCAGAAGUGUGCAGAAAUUAGCUGCGUAUAGCUGGAUUGAAUUGGACGGUGUGGUGCAUAAAUUUCUAGUGGAAGAUGCAUCGCAUCCGAAAGCCGAUGAGAUCUACGAUGCUCUCGAUCGGUUGGGAUUACAACUGAAGUGGGCCAAUUGUGCUCCUCAUUUGGAUUUAGAGCUUUUGUGACAUUGUUUGUUUUAUAUUACAGAAAAAAGCUGAUCUAAAGCUAUGCUUGUAUACUCAAUCGAGUUUGUUUGUUGAUGAAAUUUCAAUCAAGCUCAAUAUUUACAUUGACUGAAUCUUCGAACUUUCUGAGUAAAUUGCAACUUUGGGAUCU